AUGACCCUCCAAGGCCCAUCUGACCUGCUCAGGAACCAAGAUGAUGCAGCCGGCCGCACAGCUCCAGUUCAUGAACCAGUUGUCACCGAGUGGGCAGUGCAUCCCCCCGCCCCAGCCCAUCCAUGCCUCCCGGACAAGGUGGGGAGAGCGUCUGCGCAGCAGUAUGAGGCCCGCAAGUCCAAGGAGCAGCUUCCGCAACAGCCAGCUCAGAGCAAGAUGGAGCCUCGCUGCAUCCCACGCCUCCGGGCGGUGGUGGAGAGCCAGGCCUUCAAGAACAUCCUGGUGGACGAGAUGGACAUGAUGCUGUCCCGGGCAGCCACCCUCAUCCAAGCCAACUGGAGGGGCUACCGGCUCCGACAGAAGCUCAUCUCCCAGAUGUUGGCGGCCAAGGCCAUCCAGGAGGCCUGGCGGCGCUUCAACACGAGGCGCCUUCUCCGCUCGAGCAAGGUCACGGUGAAGAGGGUGAGCAAGGAGGAAGGAGACAUCCCUUACCACCCGCCCCAGCAGGUGCGCUUCCAGCCCCAGGAAGACAAGCCCCUUCAGGUGCAGCCCGUCAUGAUGAGCAAGGAGACCCAGUUCCCGCCCUCCGACAGCCUCGUCACCUGCAUCCCCCAGCUGGGUCUGCUGCAGCACCCCGCGGCCCAGGGCAUGGCUGGGCCCGGAGUGCAGGCUCCCCACGGCCCCGGAGCCCACGGGGUGGCCUUCCUGCCGCACCAGACCAUCGCCAUGAGACUUCCGAGUCCGGUGAGUCUAGAUCCCAAAUGCCAGCCGUGCCUGCUGACGAAGACCGUCAGGAGCUCCUGCCUCAUCAGGCACCUAGAGGGGGACACGGUGAAGACCAAGCACGUAACUACCAGAGCCACCAGAGCAGGGGCCCCAGAGCCACCCCCCUCGGGCAGGUAUGGCCAGGCAGUUCCUGGAACAUUCAAGGCCCAGAUCCAGGCCCACGUGGAAGCCGAUACCCACAAGACCCCACCCCAGGCCUUCCCAGCGUCCACCCUGAGCAAGACCCCACCCAAGACAAGUCCACUGGUUUCCAUAACCAGGCCCCAGGCCCAGGUGUCCCCCAUUUCCACAGUGACCAAGACGCCACCUCAGACAGGUCCAGGACCCAUAAUGACAGUCAUGAAGACCCUGCCCCAGACAGGCCCGUCGCCCACAGUGACCAGGACCCAAGCUCAGAUGCGACAGACACCUUCACUAACCAACGCUCCACUGCAGUCGCGGUUAGCAGCCACCAUGGCCAAGAUCCCCCCCCAGGUAUGCCUGUUGGCUUCGGUGAUGAGGCCCCCGCCACAGACGUGCCCAGUGUCUGCAAUGACGAAGCCCACACCCCAGAUACGCCUGGUGACCGCCCCCACCAAAAACCAGAUGCAAACUUGCCAAGCCGCCACUGUGACUAAGACUCCGUCCCAGGUUUGCCCAGGUGCCUCCAUAAUGAAGCCUCCGCCCCAGACGCGCCUGGCGGCCAUGAUAACUAAGACCCCAGCCCAGAUCCGCUCAGUGGCAGCUGUCCUCAGGACCCUGUGCCUGGUCCCUCCCGUCGUCGGAAAUCUCAGAACGCCACCCCAAAGGGCGGCGGGAUCCGCCGGAAUUCCCAGCACCUGCUCCACCGUGCACCUGAACGCACAAAAGGGCAAGGUCAUGGUGAACGUGAGGCAGACAGCCGGUGUCAAGGACUCAUCCCACUCGUACCUGGCUGAGGGGAAGGUCCGCAGUGUCCCCCAGCCACACCUCGAAGCUGGGGCUCCCAAGCCUAUGGCCAGGGGUCCCUUGGAACCUGAGAAGGUCAGGACCUGCCUCCAGAGGCAGGUGAAAAAAGAAACAGUGUCAAAGACCAACAUGACAAUGGAAAUGACCCAGCCUUUGCCAUGGACGAAGGUCGCUGAGGACAGGAACAAGUCCCCGCCACAGGCACAGCAGAGGAUAGAGCUCAUCAAGGUGCAGUCCCAGGUGUCCGUACCUGUGGAAGCAGCUGCGGCCCUGCCCCGGGACCAGAUGGCCGCCCCUCUGACCAAGACCUUGGGCCAGGUGCGUCCGUCUCCCAGGCAGGCCAAGGCCCUGCCCCAGGAGCAGCUGACCACACCCCUGACCAAGACCUUGACCCAGUUACAUCCAGCCACGGAGCAGGCCAAGGCCCUGUCCCAACAAGCACAUCUGGCCACAUGUCCCCCAACAGCCAUGCCCCAGCCACACCUGGCCACGUGCCUGACGAAGACCACAUCCCAGGUGCAUCUGACUUCUGAGCAGACCAAGGUCCUGUCCCAGGGACAUCUGUCCACAACCCUGGCCAAAACCCUGCCCCAGCCCCCGCGGGCCGCACCUCUGAUGACGGCGUCCCCACUGCACUCGCUCGCCAAGCAGACCAAGGCUGGGCCCCAAGCACACCUGGCCCCACAAUCACCCAAGACCCCCUCCCAGGUGUACCCACCCUCCAGGCUGACCAAGACCCCGUCGCUGGCUCACCUCGUCACGUGUCUGACCAAGGCCCAGUCCCAGGUGCAUCUGAGCUCCGGGGCAGUAAAGAUCCAGUCCCAAGCACAGCUGCCCGUUGGGCUGACCAAGACACAGUCCCAGGCCCAGCUGGUCUCCCAGACCAAGUCCUUCCUCACAGCUUGCCAGUCCACGGACCUCAACAGCAAGACGCAGUCCCAGCCCCUCCUGACCGGAUCCAGGGCGUCUGCCCCCUCCUGCCAGCACCUGGGGGCGAUGAGCUUCCUGCCCCGACCCAAGUCCGAGGACAGACCUGCCCAGCUCCAGCCCCAAGGCCACGUCCAGAGCAAGACCACGCAUGGCCCCUGCCCAGUGGCCUCAGAGGCCCAGGGCAUGCUGGUACCUCUGAUGACCUCCACCGGACACCCCACGUGCAACAUCGAGCCCUGGGGUGACAGCGGAACGCCGCGGGCCCAGCCGCCCGUGGCCAGCCAGGCGGUGCCCUGUCAGGAGGCGGCGGCUUCCCAGAUCGCCUCCCUGUGCGCGGAGCUGGCCGCUGUGCUGGGCUCCCAGGAGGACAUCCGGGCCCUGCUGGCCAAAGCCCUCUCCCAGGGAGAAGUGCGGGCCGCUCUGAACCAAGCCCUGUCCAAGGAUGUCCUGGGCACCACUGUGACCAAGGCGAUGCCGCAGGGCAUGCUGGGCAUGGCCCUGGUGAAGGCGUUGUCCUGGGGUGAACUGGGCAUCACCCUCUCCCGGGCGCUGUCUCGGGGCGAACUGCGCUCAGAGCUCACCAAGGUCAUGCAGGGCAAGUUGGCCGAAGUGCUCAGCAAGGCCCUGACGGACGAGGAGCGGGCGGCCCUCGGUCAAGCCCUGUGUCAGGGGGAGCUGGGUGCUGUCCUCAGCCAGUCUCUGUCCCAGGAAGCCUUGAGGACUGGAGCCAUCCUCCCCAAGGCCUCCUCGAAAGCUGUGGGCAGCGGGAUGACUCUGCUGCCCGCCUCAGUGGAGGUGGACUGCCGGGGGAACGCAUCGGCCGCGUGGGGAUCCGCCGUGGGCCCCGGGAGUCCGCAGCCCAGCAAGGUCAGGGUCUCCCAGGUUGGAGGCUGGGAGGACUUCACCAUGGGCCAGCACGCCGGGCUCCUGGAGGAGAUGGGGGACGGGGCCACGUUGGAGGGGUCACCCUGCUCGACACUGUUCCCUGUGGGUAUGUCCCUAACCGGUAGGAUGGUCCCCAGCAUCUGCCACUAUCCCAUGGUCAUGGGCCUGGACCUCAUACAGCCCUGGGGCAGGGGGCCCGCGGGGGCCUCGUAUCUGAGCCCCAGCAUCAAAAAGAGAAGCAGGUGGCUGACCCCAGGGGCCAGCCCCGCGACGGGUGUGGAGGGCCCCCACUUGCCUAAGGCGCCCCGCGCUCAGCCACCCCCCAGCCUGUGGCAGUCCUUCAUUGUCAACGGCAUAGGCCCCAGCACAAGCCAGCCAUCCGUGACAUGUGACAGUACCCCGAGCUCCCACAAGCCACAAGUGGUCAGCAGGGUGGCCUCUCAUUCGUGGGCGCUGUCAGGGAAGGGCAGCGGGGCCUCUGGUAGACCUCCGGGCAGCGUGGGAGGCAGGAGGGCGGUCCAUUCCCAGCCGUCUUUCCCCGUCUGUCAGGAUGCCGCUUGCUGGUGUCAGUUUUCGGGGGUCAGCAGGGUGUCCCCCAAACACUCCCAUCACCGCUCAGUGAUCAGAGGUCAAAAUCAGCUCUGCCAGGCCCCUGAGGAGGCUCUGAGGAGGAGGCCCCAGCCUCCAGGUCACAAGCCGGCCUUCCAUGGUCCCAGGCAGGUAGUCACCAACAUGACCUCAAGCUCAAUGAGGACCACCAUGGUGAGCAAGGCGCAGGCAGCCAAGUGCCCGGCAGGUGGCAGUUUGUACCCAGGUCCCCCAGCCCUCAUGUUGGGACGCGGCCUUCGACCCAGGGGGGCUCUAACAAGGAAUCCUCCCCGUCCCCGGGAGCAUGUGGCUAGUCACCAAAUGUCCCUUCUCAAUGAGUUGGUGUCCAGUUUGCCACAGCACCCAGACAAUGUCCUGACUAGAAACUUUACUCCGGGCUCCGUGGGCCCCAGGCAGAAGAUCCCAAACCUCUACUGGCGCCCCCCUACUGUCCCCCCGCUCACCCCAGUCCUGAGCCGUGGCCCAGUGUCCAGCCACAUGGCCUUGAGUGUCCACUGGGACUCAGAGGAACAGAAGAAGAAUAGGUCCUCCCCGGGCCAGAGCUCCCUGGCUCUGGUGGAGAGAGUCUCUCAGGAGACUUUCCGACCAGGGCUGAGGAGGAGUCUGUCUCUGGGCUCUGUGGAGCACCAGCAGCCAUCUCUGGCCACCAAGCUGGCUCUUAACCAGUCUCAGUCUAUAUCGGCCAGUCGGGAAGCCCCAAACUUAGCCAAGUCAAUCCUUUGCCAGCUGCCAGUGGGCGGCAGGUUGACCCGAAGCCUGUCCCAGCCUACAGUGUGCAUUAAGGUGCCCUCAAGCAGAGCCCAGCCCCUGGCCACCAUUAGACCAGCCUCAAGCCCACCCCAGCCAAGAGCCUCCGUGGCUCAUCUGGGGCCCCUGAGCCUGUCCCAGCCCUGCACGGCCACUGGAUUGGCCUGUGGUCUCUCCCAGCCAUCCGUGAUCUAUGGGGUGGGCCGGGGUCUCUGUGAGCCAGCCCCAGGGCCCCGGGUGGAUCCGACCCUGCAGGCCUCACGAGUGAGUGCAGGUGCCCCCGGCCUGUGCCCUCCGUCCGUCUUCCUCUCCCUCGGCUCGGGCAGGUCCUACUCCUGCGUGCCUGGGAGGCUGGGCCUGGGUCUGCACCAGCCUCCUCUGGAUGUCGGGGUGGGCACGUGUGAGGACCCCGCCGUGGCAGAUAGGGUGGUCUCAAACCUCCAGGACGCUCAGUUCAGCCAGGUGUCCCUUGGGCUCCACCAGCCGUCCAGUGUGUCGGGGAGGCACCCAACAGCGGUCUCCAUGUCCGCUCCCAACCUCUACCAGACGGAUAUGACCAAGGAGGUGACCCAAGGACCCAGUAUGUUCCAUUCGACUUGGCUCAAGGGCAUGUCUGCCUGCUCCUCUGAGGGGCCCGCAGCCGCUGGGAUGCUGCUCAGUCUGUCCCAGGGGGCUACCCCCGCUGGCCUGGCCGGGAGCAUAUUCCAGAAAAACAUGGUGCCUUCAAUGGGCCCAAGCCAAUGUCAGGUGACGGAUGGCCUGGUUCCCAUGGCGUCCCAGGUCUUGGAGAGAGGGGUCUCUCUGACCCAUGGAGAAACUUCCAUGGCCACGGGGAUGGACCCCAGUCGUCCCCGUGUCGCACUGCCCAGCAGACUGGGUACGAGCCAGGACCCGCUCUCCGUGUUUCAUCUGGGCCUCAGAACCUCUCAGGCCACCAUCCCACUGCCAAUGCCAUUAGACCACCAGCCGCCCGCCGUGCCCACAGUUGACCCAUCUAGUUACCCAUAUGCACGUAUUGUCCCUGAGGAUUCUGUGAUGGGGACAGCCAGCGGUAGCCUUGCCUCAAGUUCUGCAGACCGUCGGCUGACCCCAGCCAUGGUCCCAAACGCUGUGGCUAAUUUUAUGGCCUGUAGUCUUUCCCGAGGCUCUGUGAUCAGGGGUAUGGGUCAGGGCCUUCCCCGGGGGUCCAUGGUCACUGGCAUGGCCCAGGGUCGUCUUCUAGACCCCACGGCCAGUGGCAUGGUCCGCAGUCUCCCCCCGGGGACUGGAGCCGGUAGGGUGGCCCCUCAUCAAAUGGCGGCAUCGGGAGCUAAAGGGAAGAGGCUGGGCCUGGCCAUGGGGCCCUUGGCUAGGUUCACUGCUCCGAGCCUGUCCCCGGGUUCGGUGGCCCCUGGGGUAGGCCCAAGUGUCCCUCUUGGUUCUGUGAAAACCGGAGGCCAGGGUCCUCCCCAGGGGUCCAUGCUCAUCGGACUCACGCCCCGGCCCUACCACGGAGCUGGCGAGGGCCCUGCGGCCCUGCUCCAGGCUGCCCAUGCUGCCGGCCUGGCCCAGGUUCACCCUCAGGCCUCAGGAGCCCAGGGCACAACCAGGGCUCAGCACCGAGUGCCCACAGUUCUGUCAAGAGCCUCACCCUUUACUCAGGACCCUAGGAUACUGACACUGGGGACCAUAGAGGACCCGACCAAACUGAAACCCAGAGAGUUAGGUGGGGCUCUAGCCCAGGAAUCAGGAUCCCAUAGAGAGUCCAACAAAUCCAAGGUCCUGGAGGCGACCCCAUGGAUGUACCAGAGACCCAUGGACAAUCACGUCGAGACUCCUCGAGGGCCCCCACGGGCAGAGGAGACACUUCCCAAAGGCCAGAUGUCACUGCUGGGCGAGAGGGCUCCCGGCCAAGCCAGCGGCAUAGCUCCCAUCCCUUUCCGGGCCAGGCACUCGAUGACCAGUAGCUUCUCCGCAAGUCUCCAACCCGACUCGGCCAGCCCCAGGGGUGCCCCCAGCACCUACCUCAUCACCACCAGCAGGGCCCGCAGUCUGCAGUUGGGGACCGCAGUGGACAGGGCCAUGCCACAGCCCCUGACUCCAGUGGUCUCUGACGAUUUCUCAGCUCUUCAGCCCGAGUCCAUGACUCACAUGAGACCUCCAAGCCGGGGGUCACUGACUUCUGAUAUAGUCUUGACGUCACCCCAUCUGACCAGUCCCGUGGCCUCCAGUUUAUAUGCAGGGUCUGUGGCCAGGACGGAGAGCUCAGGUGUGCUCCAGAGGUCAGGGUCCGGCAACGUGGCCCCACACGUGCAGCCCUAUCAAUCCUUGGUUAAAAAAGCCGUGCCCGGUCACUCCCAGAUGGCACCUGUCCCCAGUACAUUCCAGAAACCAGUGUCCGGGAACCUGACCCAGACCAGCCUCAAGUCUCUCCGCCCUAAAAAAUACUACCGACUCAUUCAUGGUAAACUUAUUCCCGAGUUGCUAGAAGGUUCUAUGACCACGGUGGUGCCCUCCAAUCAGGGGCAGCGGCAGGAAACCCAGUCCCCCCUGGCCAGCCGCAGACACUCCCCUUGUGAACUGUGGGUGGGCAGGACACCCACCGUCCAACCCAGUGAUACAGCCUAUGACCCCAGUGUCAUUAGACUGUCCCCCGGGGUUCGGAGGGUGUCUCUGGGCUAUACAACUUCACCCAGUGGCCUCUGGAGGCCCCUCCUUGAACAGGACUCCCAUGAGUCCAUGCGUCUUGUCACUAGACAGCAGAAGCCAUUUCCGACCCCCUCUGUCCACCAGGGCCAGAUCUCCCAUCAUGCCGUGGGUCCUGUAGCUGGCCUUCACAAGCCAUCCCUGGUCCCCACUGUACUCCAGGGCCCCGUGGAUGCUGGCUUGGCCAGUGGUGUUCCCAGCGAAGCCGUCAGGCCCAUGGACCACGCUGUGGCCCCCCAGAGCACGUGGGAGACGGCCAGGGGCCCCGUGCCGUGGGACACCUUGGGCAGCGUGGCGGCGGUGAGCCCCAGACAGCCGGGGGAGCUGAUGGUGUCCGUGCAGACCAUGGAGAAGAUCCUCGUCCGGGCCGUGGUGGUGAUCCAGGCGUUCGCGCGCGGCUACCUGGUCCGCAGUACCAUCCGGGUGUGGCAUCAGUGCGCCACCGUCAUCCAAGCGAGUUGGCGUGGCUUCCGCGUGCGACGGAACCUGGCCCGGCUGUACCGAGCCACCACCAUCAUCCAGGCCGCCUGGCGAGGCUACUGCACCCGCAGGGACUGUGCCCAGCAGAUGCUGCUCCCGGCCGUGUGGGUGGAGCUGGGCAGCAAGGUCCGGGCGGCCCCCCACCCCCGCUGUUUCCAGGGCAGCGAGGCCAGGCUGGGCUCCGACCACCGCUGCUUCCAGUCCUGCCAGCCUCACAUCUGCAGCCUCUGCCAGUCGCUGAGCCCCGGGCUGGGCAACCCGCCCAGCGUGGUGAUGCUCGUGGGCUCCAGUCCCCGCACGUGCCACACGUGCGGCCACACCCUGCCCACGCGAGUGGUGCACGGCACGGGCCGCAGCAUCUCCAGCCAGGGGGGCCUGCUGUGGGCCUGCAGCUCCCCGAAGGCCUCCCAGGGCCUCUGCAGGUCACCCGGCCAGAACAGAGCGGCCAUGGCCAUCCAGUCGGCCUGGAGGGGCUUCAAGACCCGCCGCCAGCUCCGCCAGCAGCAGUCGGCAGCCAAGAUGGUUCAGUCCAACUGGAGAGGCCACUACACCCGGAGCUGCCUCACCACGGACAUGCUCCUGGGGUCGGGAGCCCCGCGGGACUGCUCAAGGGGUCCCUUGCGACACAGCACCCACAGCGCCCGGUCCGUGCGCUGGCCCGGCGUCUAGGACCCUGGCUGCGUGCCAGCAGAGGGACAUAUGGGAAGGACCG